AUGGAUUCCAAGGACAAGAAAUCAUCAUCUGUGUCUUUUCUGGGUCCGGGCUUCAGGUUCCAUCCGACUGACGAGGAAUUGGUUCGAUAUUAUUUGAGGCGAAAAGUCUGCGGAAAAUCUGUCCGAUUCCAUGCUAUUUCUGAGAUCGAUAUUUACAAGGUCGAGCCUUGGGAUCUCCCAAGUAUGUCGAGUCUGAAGACUAGAGAUUUGGAAUGGUAUUUCUUCAGCAUGCUGGACAAAAAAUAUGGUAAUGGAGCAAGGACCAACAGGGCAACUGAAAAGGGGUACUGGAAGACUACUGGAAAGGACAGGACUGUCUACCAUAAGUUACAGAUUGUGGGAAUGAAGAAAACCCUUGUUUAUCACAUUGGCCGAGCUCCAAAAGGCCAGAGGAGUAACUGGGUUAUGCACGAGUACCGGCUUGCUGAUUUGGAGUUGCAGAAAGCUGGAAUUAAUCAGGACGCUAUUGUGCUUUGCCGAGUCUUUCAGAAGAGUGGUUCGGGACCAAAGAAUGGCGAACAGUAUGGGGCUCCAUUUAUUGAGGAGGAGUGGGAGGAUGAUGAGCUGGAAUUGGUUCCCAAGCAGGAGGCUGCAGAGGAAGUAGAUUUUGGUGAUGAUUUCUAUUUGGAUGGCCAUGACCUUGAGCAGAUUCUUGGAACUGACGUUCCGUCAGACAUUACUCCCCUUCCAUUGAACACCUACUUUGCAGACAAUUCCUGCUAUGAAGAAGAAACCGCCGAGUCCGGUAGUGGGGCCCAACAGCGCAUGGAAUUUGGAGGAUUUGAUACAUCUACUUUCGACGCUCUUGAGGAGUACCUUCCAUUCUUCGAUGCCAAUGAUGACAUCUCACAGUAUCUCUCUUGUGAUCUUUCAAAGAUGAGUGGAAGUGAGGAUCUUAUUUCUGAUCACGCAUUCCUCACCGAAACGAAGGUUGAUGAAGGAACACAGCAAGCUACUGUGUCAAGUGAACAACUAAUUGAUAAUACAAAUAAUGAUGCGUCGUCGUCUAAUAAGCAAGAGCUGGCAAAAUGUCAGUCAGAUUUUCAGUAUCCUUUCAUCGAGCAGUCAAGUCUCAUGUUGGGCAACGUCCCAACUCCGAUGGCAUUUGCAUCAGAGUUUCCUUCGAAAAAUGCAACUCUUCUUCUAAAUUCUGCUUCCAGUUCGGCACAUAUUACGGCUGGCAUGAUUCAAAUAAGGAAUUUGACAGUCAAUGGCAAUGGAACAGAUCAAUCUUUUAGCAAGAGUCAGAACUUCAAUAUUAUUCUUUCAUUUGGCCUGUCACAAGGCGCCAAUGGUUCUGCUAACUUGGAAUCACAGGUUAGCCUACUUCCAGGGAAGGCUGUUUCUGCGAUUUCUAGGGGUUGGUUCGAUUUCAUAUUCUUCUGGGUCCUUAUUCUCUCCAUGAGCUUCAAAAUUGGGACAUAUAUCUGUGCCAGGUGA